AUGACCAUCAGUUUGGAUCCAACCUCUGAGAGAAUGAGAAUGUCGGAAUCUUCUGUCGACCUGAGUCUUUGCCGUGAAUGCUGGGUGCCAUUCGACGCUGUAGAACACGAACCGAAAUUACUGAAAUGUCCAUCGCAUCCCCUGGCGACCGUUUGCCUCCAAUGUCUGAAAACUGGGAAAGCGUGUAAGAAAGACGAAUGCAAAACCUGCCGGGAUGCUUGCGCCGGCUGGGCGAUUGACGAGUUGCCUCUCAACACCUACGCCCUGCAACUGGCCCAAUUGAAGAAGAUGAACGUCGCACCUGCAACGGAAGCGGAAGCGCCAGUCGAGGAGCAGCCAAACAAUAAUGUGAAUGUUGUAUUUGAUUACCAUCGCUGUCCGUUCGUGUUUUCAUUCAAAAUCGGCGAAAAUGAUUUGGGUGAAGUUCACGUCAUGUCCACGCCGUUUGUUAUCCAGCACAAAUUCGUCCAGGCUCUAGGGGAGUACUGCUUCCGCAUGCCCAGGGAAUUCCAAAUUUUCGGCGAACCGGAGUUCAAACCAGAGUCCUUCUGUGUGCUGGAAUGUCACCACAGCGACUUCCAGCCGUUCGAAUCGGAAGUGAUGAUCUACGCCGAUCCAUUGAAAUUGGAGCUGAUUGGAGAUGAGCAAUUGGCGAAACUGGACGCUGCGAUGGAGCCCACAUUCGACGAAGACGGAAGACUCUCCAAAGUGAAAUGCAUCUUCUUCCUCAAGGAUAAUUCCGGUGUCAUGGAGGGCGGAAAAGAAAUCAAGAAAUCCAGCGAGACCAUCUGGGGCACCAUCACUCGUGGCCACUCUCUCCUGGAUUGGAUGAUUGCCAAUAUUCCGGAAAGGGGACAUCACCGCACUGGGCUGAAGCCAACCAUCUCCUUCACUCUUGAAACUCGUAAUCCUGUGGAUCUCUGA